AUGGUAACGACUAGCGGCAACCGCCCGACGGGGGCGUGCUUCUCCACAGCCGCUUACGUGAUCCAUGCUGCCGCUGGCUUCGACCCCACGCCACAGCCCCGCGACAAGAUGCACCGUCUGUUGGGCUUUUCCCAGAACAAACCCAAGCCCGACUUGCAAACGGCUAUUUCUUCUACGGAAUCUCGAGCAGAUGCCACUCAGGUGAAGAUCAGCCGGCUGGAUGCGGAACUCACGCGCUAUCGCGACCAGAUGAAAAAGAUGCGCGAUGGCCCGGGGAAAUCAGCGGUACAACAGCGGGCCAUGCGCGUGCUGCGUCAAAAGCGCAUGUAUGAGGGACAGAUGGAGCAGCUGGCGCAGCAAAGUUUCAACAUGGAGCAGAGCAUGAUGAUGACGGAGAACUUGCGUAAUACCAUGGCGACCGUCGAUGCAAUGCAGCAAGCUAAUAAGGAUUUGCGCAAAACCUACGGCAACUUAAAUGUUGACAAAAUUGAGCGCAUGCAAGACGAGAUGGAAGAUCUUUUGGAGCAGUCGAAUACCUUGCAGGAAACACUCUCCCGCAGCUAUGCUAUGCCAGACGAUAUUGAUGAGGCGGAGCUGGAGGCCGAGCUAGAAGCCUUGUAUGUACAGUCCGACUGA